AUGAACUACAAUUACUACAACCAAAUCGACUCAGACGAGAACACCAACAUAUUUGGCGACAAGCCCAUAUCGGUCAGCAUUUCUGCUGUCGACGAUAUUAUAGAUGAUUACUUGGAGAUAAACCCCUGGUCAAACGACUACGACGACUUGAAGAUCAUAUCGACUGCAGGCAAAAAUGGCACUUUCCAGAACAUAGACAACAAUCACCAUAACAAUACAUACAACGAGGCCUACACCAACAUCAACCACCCUUCAAAAUACAUUCGUGCUGACACUGACGAUGACGACCGCCAUAAUGACACCAGAGACACCAACAAGCCUUUGCAGAAACCACCAUUAACAAAUACAACCAACACCAAUAUAACCACCACCAUCAGCUCCCUUGAUAGCACCACUACAACCAAUAGCGUCAAUGCCGAAAGUCCAAAUUUCAUAGAUAAUAACAGCAUUAAUAAUAACAAUAAUAAUCUCAAUUUCAUAGAUAAUAACACUUAUACAGAUUCAAAAAAUACCCCAAAUAAUGAAGGUUUCCACACCAUUUCUCCUGUCAACUCUCGGUCUGGUUUACAUCGCAUCAAGUCUAUUCAUAAAAGACCUUCUUCUCCACUAUCAAAACGAAAGUCAAUGUCUUCUCUCACCUCUCCAUCCUCAAAUAAUCUUACUCACCAUAAAAGAUCCUCAACCCUCAAAUCUCAUCCACUUCCUCCACUACCUUUUCUUCCUCUAUCCCCAUCUCAUUCUAAUGGUAGUUCCACUCUUAAAAACAACUCUUCCACUUCAUCUAUCACCUCUAAAUUCAUCAAACAGCUUCCUUCUUUAAGUCCGGCAAAACAACAAAACAAAUUCCAAAUCCAAACGUCCCCCAAACUUAUCUUGCCAUCAGUUCAAUUAUCUCAAACUUCAAACUCUUCAAUUCACUCUCAAGUUUUCUUAUCUUCUUUUUAUAAAACUAACCCAAUCAUUUUCUCCGUUUGCUUAGUAGACUUUAACCAUUCACGAGGCCCUGAAAUCGAAUACUGGAUUGAUCAAAAUGGUGUAAUCGACAUCAAUAACCCUGAUAAUUCCCUUAAUAAUCAAAACUUGAAAAAAAUAUCAUCAAUGUGGCCGGUUUUGCCUUUUCAAGCUUUACCUGAUGGUUCUCAUGAUUUUGAAGAAACCUUUUCCUAUUUUACUUUAUUGUAUGACGAAAAAAAUAAAAAAACUUUAAAUUCAAUAUGUGAAUCAAAUGACUAUACUUUCAAAUCCGAUAAUAAUAAUAAUAAUAAUAAUAAUAAUAAUAAUAAUAAUAAUAAUAAUAAUAAUAAUAAUAAUAACAACAACAACAACAACAACAACAACAACAAUAUGGAUAAUAACCUAAACCAUAAUAAAGUUUUAAGAUCCUUUAAUGAAAAUAUUAACACCCUAUUCGCAAUUGCUUGUAUAAGACAAAUUGAUGCUAAUGACUUACUCGUAAAACACCCUGGUGUAACAAGAUCAACUGUUCAAAAAUCUGUUGUAAUAAUACUAAGAAAACCAAUUUUCAAUCAAAUCAAGGAAAAAUUAAGUAUUAUAACAAAGGCUCUUUUUCUACAACAGGAUUUUACCGAUAAAAAAAUUCUAGAUUCAUUGUACGAAAACCUAGUGAGCCUCUACAAUAAUAGCAAUAACAAUAAUAGCAAUAAUAAUAAUAACAACAACAUUAACUCUGAUAAUGAUAAUACCAAUGACAGCUAUAUAAAUCUAACUUCACCACAAAAAUUACUUCCACCACCAAAUUCUACUUCAACCUCAAUCUCAAAUAUAAACUCAAAUUUGAAUGAAAGCGACUUUUAUUUCGGAUUAUCUUUAAGAGAAUUAAUCUUCAACUUUAAAAGAAACUCUCUCGUGAUCUUUAAAUCUCUACUAUUGGAAAAAAAAAUCUUAUUCUUUGGUAAAAAUAUCGAAAAACUAUGCAAUCUACAAUUAUGCUUUCUUUCUUUAAUUCCAGGUUUGUUACUAAAUUUAAACGAUUGUGGGUCUCCUUUUUUAUAUUUCAAUGAAUUUUUCCUUAAAAAAUCAAAUACCUUGAAAACUUCUGACCGUAAAAGUCUUUUGAAAUUUGUUGGUCUUCCUUUACAAUUAUUUGAAUUUGGCGGUAUCUUUAAUCCCUAUGUUCCUUUACAACAAUUAAUUGAUCUAACCAAUAAAAAUUUGAAAUUUUAUGUGGUUGGAAGCUCAAAUUCUUUGCUACUAGAUAACGCUACAAAAAAGAAAUAUUGCGACAUACUAAUUAACAUUGACACAUACUCUGUGGAAAUUUUAAAUGAAACCUUGAAUUCUCCUCUACUUUUAUCUUCUCUGGAUAAAAAAUUUAUUGACCUAAUCUAUGUAAAUGUCUCAAAAUAUUACAAUCCAAAAUCUUCAAAUUCUUCUUCCACUCAGGAUUCAAGUAACGUUUUUAAUAAUAAUAGCAACAAUAAUAAAAAGGCUCUUCUUGAAAGCAACGAUGGCAUAUCGGCUGGCUCAAAAUUUUCUGGAAGUGAAGAUUACAUAAGAUCAGCGUUUGAAGACUAUUUAAUUGGUUUAAUAUCAUCAAUCAAAUAUCAUAACUAUGUUAAAUUAAAUAAUAAAAGACAUUUCAAACAUUCUGAUUUGCCCAACUCAUUGAUACUUCCUAAUAUUGAAAACAAUAAUAUUAAUAAUUUUAGUUUUGCUUGGAUUAAAGAAUGGCUAAAAACAAAUAAUUAUGCCAUAUUAAAUAAACUAACCGAUGACGAAAUAUUUCUAAUAUUCGAACCCUUGCAUGUCGUGAUGUCAGAAAUCUAUCAGCAAGAGUUAACUAACGCCAACUUGACUAAUUCUUCUAUGAUAUCAAACUUUUUUCAAACAAAAUUCACCAAAAAUUUUAAAAAAUCACUGCAUUAUAAUCAACCGCUAAAUGAUGUUGAUCAUCAUAAAUGA